UUCCCGUGAUAUAUGUACGUACACCAAAUGUCAUAAUUUGAGACGUAAACAUAAAAAAAUAUUGUUUUAGACACUCUAUUACCAAAGGAAACCACAUGAAUUGAUUAUAGAAAUUAAUGAUGCAAUUUAAUUUAACUAAUUUAGCCAUAGGUGCGUGUUUAGUAUUUUUAAUUUUCAAUUCGAAAUUGGUAAAUGGGAAAAAGAAAAAAGUUCAAAAAGUCGAAAAGGAAUCAGAAUCUGGCGAGAUCGACGAAUGGGUCCCACCUGAAGAACAGAAAAAAGAGAAGAGAUCACGUCACAAGCAUCACAAAUCAACCACACCAUUGCAAAUAGAUUUUAGAGGGCUUGUUAGAGAAAGCUUAGCAUAUAACGUGGCUUUAGCGGAUACGUCUAAAAACUCUGUGUGUUCACCCAUAUCUGCCGUACUUCCUUUGGGAAAGUUGGUGUUGGGUGCUAGCGGUAAAACCGAAUCGGAAUUACUACUGGCUAUAGGCCAUUCCCGUGAUGAGAUGGUAACAGAGUUGAAGCUUCUUAUAGAGAGUCUGAAGCAGCUGCCUGGAGUGACCCUGACAGUGGCCAGCAAGAUAUAUAUAUCCCAACAAGCUCACUUGGACCCUCAGUUUGCGAAGGCGUCGAAACAUAUUUUCCAUUCGACCGUCGAGAAAGCUGACUUUGAGGAUCCCGUGGAAACUGUUCGAACUAUUAAUAAUUGGGUCAAGAGCCACACGAACGGAUUGAUACCAAAGCUUUUACAGCCUUCAGAUGUGCCAAAAUCACCGUCGCUUAUAUUAGUCAAUGCUGUGUAUUUUCAGGGAAACUGGGUGACACCAUUCAAAUCAGCUGGCACUGGUACAUUCUAUUCGCCAAUGGGAACGCGGAAAGUACCCAUGAUGACAGUCGCCGGGAGCUUCGGUUAUGUUAAAGAUGAAUCUUUAAACGUAGAGAUCCUGGAGAUUCCAUAUUUAAAUAAGAACGCGUCGUUUCUCAUAGUUCUGCCAGUCGACAAGAAUGGCCUUCCCAUGCUUCUGACAGCACUCAAAUUGGCACCAAAGUUACUGAACAAGGCUCUGAAGGGUUUGACCACGGAAUAUAUGAAAGUAACAAUCCCGAAAUUCAAAGUGAACUCGAAAAUUGACUUGAAAGAGCCGUUUAAAAAGUUUGGCGUAACAAAGCUAUUCCAUAAAAAUGGAGAUCUAAAUAGGAUACUAUCACAGCAGUCUGUUCACGUGUCGACGGCAAUACAGCAGGCUGUCUUGGAGGUGACAGAGACGGGCACAGAAGCUGCAGCCGCCACUGCGAACAUAUUUGCUACAGCUGGCGGCGGCAAACUGGAAACAUUUAAUGCUAAUCAUCCAUUUAUGUUCUACGUGUUAUUUAGAACCCAACAGCUAUUCGCUGGUAGUUACAAUGGCCCAUCCUAAUGAGAUCAAUUCAAAUAAAAAAAUCGUACUCAACUAGGAAGAUAUCAUCAUUUAUUGACGUCAAAAAAUCACUUGAAACUAAGUCUAUUGAAGACUUCCAAAGCGCAGGCGAAGAAGCGACGCAAACAAUCUUCUUCCAGCCUUUUCUCCAAUUACGUCAAUUAACAAAUGUGGUGACGUACUUUUGGUGAAGAAUAAACAUAAUAUUUUAUUGAAAAAUAAACAGCCAAUGUAUACUUGGUGAAAUUAU